UUGAAUUGCACUGAGUGCCAAGAUCGGUAAAUGGGCGUCAAUUUUUCCUUUUUUAAAUUCUUUUUGGUCUUUUUAUUUACUGAGAGGUGAGAUGUAUUUUGAAUUAUCAAUUUUUUGAGGGGCUAUUCAUUGGAAUAUUUCCGGGAGAUCAAUUCCUCGAGAGUGGGGGUGGAAUUAUGAGAUAAAUGGAAACUACGCGGUGUCGCAUGCGAUUUUUCAAGGACUUCAGACGAGUAUUUCAUCAUCUUCUCAUUCCCGGACUCAUCAGUCAAUAGAUUCAUUCGAUACCGAAAUGUCUAGUGAAUCCGAGAUAAACGAGUGCUACGAAGAAGCUGAACGAUUGGUUUUAGCAGCUGGAAAGUUAAUCGUCGAAGUUUUCGAAUCUGAAAAAUUGGUGGAGCAGAAAGACGAUGAUGGAGUCGACCUGGUCACUGAAUAUGAUCGGAAGGUUGAGGAGAUGAUUGUUAAUAAUUUAAAUAGAAAAUUUCCGGGCCAUCGAUUCAUUGGAGAAGAAGAAACCGCAAAGGCCAACACUAUUCCAGAAUUUACAGAAGCUCCAACGUGGAUAAUAGAUCCAAUCGAUGGAACCACCAACUUCGUCCACUGUUUCCCAAACAUUGGAAUCUGCGUUGCCUUUUCUGUGAAGAAAAUCAUUGAAUUCGGGAUUAUUUAUAAUCCCAUCACAAAGCAAUUAUUCACUGGGCGAAAAGGAAAGGGAUCCUGGGUGAAUGGGAAACGACUGAGAACAUCGACAAAACAAGAUUUAUCUAAAUGCCUCGUUGGCAUGGAGCCCUGGAUUGCUAAGGAUAAGAAUUAUAGACCCAGUGUUUACAGGAGGAUGGAUGCAGUUAUUCAAAGUACUAGAGGCUUGCGAGUGAUAGGAACGGCUGCACUAAUGCUCUGUUAUAUUGCAAUGGGAGCAAUUGAAGCUUAUCACGUGGAAAGUGUUUCUGCAUGGGACGUAGCGGCUGCUAAAGUCAUCUUGGAAGAGGCGGGUGGUGUAAUUAUUGAUAUUUCAGGAGGAGAACUUGAUCUCAUGCAGCCCAAGGUGAUCGCUGCCUGCAAUCGAUCGAUAGCCGAUCAAUUGAUUCAGUUAUUCGAUACCGCAUCGUCAGGAUCUAGUGAUUCAACCAUGGAGGCUCUGGUCAGAUCAUAGAAAAUCUGCAAGAACUUUGACGUCUUCGCCCUUGGAGUCUUCACCUCGUGACUCUCUUCUUUGUGGAUGAUGAUCGUCUCUAUAUAACUGAGAGAAAAUGAAAGUAUUGAUCCGAAAUAGAACGAAAUCGGUAUUAAUUCCCUAAAAAUAAAGUUGAAAUUUCAUUGUA